UGUACCUUGUUCACAUCCACAGCGUUAAACAAAAAAUGUGUGGCAAACUAAACAGAACCAAAAGUCAAACGAAGAUCAACGCGUUUUUUUCUAGCAGCGUUUAAACGGAUUUUUUCUCUAAUAUUAAAGAAAACAGAAGAAAACGCCAGUGUUUUUUUUUUGUUCCUAAUCGUUUUUAAAAAGAUCACGUUUUUUCCAGUUUUUUCUAUAAAAUGAACGCGUUUUUCACCGUUUUUUUAAAAAAAAUAUAAAUUUCGCGUUUUGUUGAGACUACUCUUGUAGAAAAUUUGGCAAUGGGUAUGAAAGCAUUAGGACUCGAAAAGGGAAAGUCAUCAAACAAUUUUUCUCCGAAAUUUGUUUAUUGGUUAAAGCAGAAUGUUGUUGUGAGAAAAAUAGUGGAUAUUGAUGUUUUCUGUUGUAUAACUACAAAUAAACCAGUUUGUGUAUGUGAAAGUUUUUUUAAUAUUAUCGGGGAAUGUCAUACUACAGUUGCACAUGGAGGAAGAGACAAAAUCCUAGCCGAAAUUACAGCGAAUUAUUCUUGGAUUCCACAUAUUGUGAAAAUUUUUCUCAAACAUUGUUCUGCUUGUCAAUUACGAAAAACAGUCAAGCAAUCAGUUGUAUCAAAACCAAUUAUAUCCCUAGAUGUUAUGGUUAAAGGUUACAAAUCGAUCUCAUUGACAUGAGAACACGUCCGGAUGUUGUGUCAGCUGAUGUUACGUGGAUAUUGAAUUGUGUCGACCACUUUUCGAAAUUUAGUUGGGCGUAUCCGUUGAGAAGUAAAUCCACUAAUGAAGUUGCUCAUCGUUUAAAAGAGUUGUUUUUCGUUUUCGGUCCUCCACGUUUACUGCAUUCGGACAAUGGUACUGAACUUGUUGCUACGGUUAUCGUUGAAUUAAAACAGUUGUUUCCAGAAAUGACACUUGUGCGAGGUCGUCCGCGUCAUCCUCAAUCUCAGGGUUGUGUUGAGCGCGCGAAUGGAGUUUUGACGUCUGCAUUAGAUAAAGAUUAUAACAAGAUCAAAGCAUUGUCUGCUCGCAUUCAAAUUUGA